CACAACUUCAAGUUACCAUCACAACCUAGAAUCUUCUCUUGUCACGUUUUGCUGACCAGCCGAUCAACAUACUCUUAGAGAUAGGUGACACGGUGGACCCUCACUGUCAUGCAACGCUCGAGCAGUCAGUCGACAACUUCAAGUUCGUCAGGCUCAGGCAAACCAGCCGACUAUGUUACUUUUGAGCGUAGUGUGGCUGGUUUCUCGGACGACGCUGUUCACCGUGCAAAAGCCGCGCAGCUCAAGCUAGAGCAUUUCUACAAGGUUGCUGUAGAAGCAGCUAUCGAGCGGAAUACCAGGCGCGUUGAACUUGAAAGGAAGCUGCAGAUCGAUAUCAUGACGUCCGAAGACAGGAAACAUCGCCAACUACAACAACUGGGAAAGAAGGAGUCUACUUAUCUUCGACUUCGGCGGACGCGGUUAGGUUUGGACGACUUCAGAACAGUGAAGGUGAUCGGGAAAGGUGCUUUCGGUGAGGUCAGGCUGGUCCAAAAAACUGAUACCGGUAAAAUUUACGCUAUGAAGACAUUGAAGAAGGAGGAGAUGCUGAAAAAGGACCAGUUGGCCCACGUUCGUGCUGAGCGCGACGUUCUGGCCGAGUCCAACUCCCACUGGGUGGUCCAACUGUUUUAUUCCUUCCAAGACCCACAGACGCUGUAUCUUAUCAUGGAGUUUCUCCCUGGUGGGGAUCUCAUGACCAUGCUCAUUAAAUAUGAUACAUUCUCUGAGGACGUCACUCGAUUCUACAUCGCCGAAUGUGUACUUGCCAUCGACACUGUUCAUAAGCUUGGCUUCAUUCACAGGGAUAUUAAGCCAGACAACAUCCUAAUCGACAAGGAUGGCCAUAUAAAACUGUCCGAUUUCGGACUGUCGACUGGCUUUCACAAGCAGCAUGAUUCAAGUUAUUACCAGCGGCUUCUGGACUCUUCUAACGGCGUGCAGUCACCGGCUGCCGCCGCCCGUAACAGUGUCAUGGUCAAUGCUAUCCACUUGACUAUGUCAAGCAAAGACCAAAUCGCUACGUGGAAAGCCAACCGUCGAAAACUGGCGUAUUCGACUGUUGGAACCCCUGAUUACAUUGCCCCCGAAAUCUUUCAACAGAAGGGUUAUGGCAAUGAGUGUGAUUGGUGGUCGUUAGGUGCGAUUAUGUUCGAAUGCCUCGUCGGAUACCCUCCUUUCUGCUCCGAAUCUACGCACGACACCUAUCAAAAGAUCAUCCAAUGGCAAUACCACCUAGUGUUCCCGGAUGAUGUCCAUCUAAGUCGAGAAGCUGAAGAUUUGAUCCGGCGACUUAUCACAUCUCAAGAUCGGCGAUUGAAUAUCGAACAGAUUAAGAACCACCCGUUCUUCUAUGGCGUGGAGUGGGACACGAUACGCCUGAUUGAUGCACCUUUUGUGCCGCAUCUUCGCUCGAUCACGGAUACGUCGUACUUCCCUACGGACGAGAUUGAUCAGGCACCAGCUGAAGCUCCUGUAGCGGACCUCGCCGAUGCUCAAAAGGACCUCGCGUUCCUUGGGUAUGAUAUCUAUUCAGCCUUAUCUUGUUGUCGGUUAUUCAUAUUUCGACAGAUAUACUUUCAAGCGAUUCACGAUCUCAUCGCAUGCUGUUUGAUGUUGGACUAUUUCUAACGGCCAUGUAAUAUAUAUAUGCAAGUUGUAUGCAAGGUUUGUAUACAUGUACGACUAUACGAAGGACUCGUCGUAAUUUUGAUAUGACACGG